UUUCGGAGCCCCUCGGCCGGGCCGGGGCUCGCCCCGGGGGGAGGAGAAGGGAGACCUGAGUGUGACACGGAUCGGGCCGUGCGUGAGCCCGUCCCACCUAUACGGGGACCAGGGGAGCCUCGUCCCGGCCCCGCCGGAUACCGAGCCCUUCCCGAGCGCCCCCUGGCCCCGUGCCUGGGCCGGGAUCCCCCGGCAGGCGCGGGCCGGGCCCGGGCGGGGCGGGCGCAGCCCGGCGGCGGCAGAGGAAGCGGAAGGUGGUGUCGCCAUGGCAGCGCGGAAGCGGAAGGCGCGGGCGAUGGCGGCGGGCGGCGUGGUGCUGUGGCGGCGGCUCUCGGCCUGGCUGCCUCCGGCUUGGCUGCCCCGCGGCCGCCUCGGCCUGUCCGCGCUGCUCGGCCGCCUCUCUGACCGCCUCUCCCGCGGCCGCGACCGCCGCGCCCGCAGAUCAUCAUGGCUCCUUCUAGCCCCGCUGCUCAGCCCUCCUGUUCCAGUGAUCACAGCCCCACCAUGUUCACUCUGUCCAGAAGGAGCACACAGGUUCCAGUGGAUCAGGAAUCUGGUCCCAGAGUUUGGGAUCUCCAGCUCACACGUCAAGGUGCUUUCGUCCCCUUCAGAAUUCUAUGAACUCCUGAAGGUGCAGAUCAAAGCAGCCAAGCAGCGGGUGGUGAUGGCCUCACUGUACCUGGGAACAGGGCUCCUUGAGCAGGAGUUGGUGGAUUGCUUAGAAGAAACGCUGGAGAAAUCGCUGGAAGCAAAAGGCUCACCUGACCUCAGAGUUUCCAUUCUCCUGGACUAUACCAGGGGCUCCCGGGGCAGGAAGAAUUCUCGGACAAUGCUGAUCCCGUUGCUGCAGCGAUUUCCUGAGAAAGUCCGUGUGUCCCUCUUCCACACCCCAAACUUGCGUGGACUCCUCCGGCUCCUGAUUCCAGAGCGUUUCAAUGAGACCAUAGGGCUGCAGCACAUCAAGGUGUAUCUCUUUGAUGACAAUGUGAUCCUGAGUGGUGCAAACCUGAGUGAUCUGUACUUCACCAAUCGGCAGGACCGCUAUGUCCUGCUGCAGGACUCUCCAGAGAUUGCAGACUUCUUCACGGAGCUUGUGGAUGCGAUUGGAGACGUGUCCCUGCAGUUACAGAGGGAUGAUACAGUCCAGAUGAUGGAGGGGAUGGUACACCCAUACCGAGGAGACAAGGUUGCUUACUGUGAGAUUGCCAACCGGAGGGUCAUGGAGGUCAUCAACUCUGCCCGGACACGGCAAGAGCUCCUUCAUACCAAGACUUUCCACAACAACCAUGCAGGCAGCUCCCUGUUAUCCCAGCAAGGCUCUCAAGCAUCUGGGGGUCUGAAACCAGAACCUGACACCUGGAUCUAUCCAUUAAUCCAAAUGAAACCUUUUGGUAUUCAAAUAGAUGAGAUGGUCACAGAGACACUGCUGACCGAGGCUGAGCGGGAUGCCAGGAUAUACCUCACCACUGGCUACUUCAACCUGACUCAGGCCUACAUGGACCUCAUCCUGGGCACGAGGGCCGAGUACCGGAUCCUCCUGGCCUCGCCAGAGGUCAAUGGGUUUUUUGGUGCCAAGGGGGUAGCAGGUGCCAUCCCUGCUGCCUACGUUUACAUUGAACACCAGUUUUUCAGCGAGGUCUGCUACCUGCAGCAGCAGGAGAGGGUGCAGCUGCAGGAGUACUCCCGGCCCGGGUGGAUGUUCCAUGCCAAAGGAGUCUCAUGGUGUGUGUGGCAGAGAGGACAAGGAUGGAAGAAGGAAGGCAGAAACCUUGGAGAUAUGAAGAGCAGGUGUACAUGGAGCACAUGGAACCUGGCUUCUGGCCGAGGACAUGAGAUCCCCAGCAGCCAGUAGUGCCCACUGGUGCUUUCUCUGUGGGCUGAGACAUGAGGCACCCUUUAGUCUCCCACAGGAUCUGGCUGACAUACCUUAAACCCUGUAGCUUUGCUGCAGACCCCUCCUGCUCCCCUUAAAGCAUUUACAUCUGCACAGACAGCAUCAAGUGGUGUGUCCCCAGGGAUGCCUGUCCUCAGGGAUGACUGUCCUGGGUGUGUUUGGUGCUGUGCAGGUGUAGCAGAGCACAGCACAGGUGUGACAGCACCGUACAGGUGUAGAAGAGCUCUGCACAGCCAUGGUGCACGUGUGAGCAGGACUGCCAGCAGCUGUCGUGGUGUGACACCCUGAAGCCUACCUGUGCUCUGCUGUGUUCCCAGGCGUGGUGGUAUGAGUGACAUGGGUAUGUCCCUUGGGUUCAGAGUCUCUUCCAGGCAAGUGCUGGUGGCAGGGUGCUGGGCAUGUGGCUCUGUGCUGAGAGAUAAACCCUGUUACUGCUAUUGACUGGUGCUGGGAAACUGCACUUCCCCUUUCUGGAAAGGUGAGUCACUGUUUGAGCAGAUCCUGCCAGGUGGCCAUAAAAACAGUGCCACAGGACACUUGGGAAGGUGAGGAACCUGUUCCUUGUAGUUACUGCCUGGGCAGAGGUCUGACCAGCAGCUGGUCAGGCACUGAACAGCUCCUGGCAGGGUCCUGUUUGGUGACAGAACAUGCCAAAUCUCUGUGCCACACGGGUGCUCCCCUGGGCUCCCAGAGCCCACGAUGGGCUCUCUGGCCCCUCUGUGGUGGGGUGAGCCCGUAGGGGCCGGAGAUGCUGUGGCCUUAGGGCAGUGCCAGCUCCGUGAGUGUGUGCUGUGGGGGCGGGGAGGAGGUUACAGGAACUGGCGGUGAAUCGGCAGCGUCUUACUCAAGGCAUUCUUGGAACUGCUCUGGGGCUGAGUUAGGAAACUUGCUGCUAUUUUAAGGCUGAGGUGGUUUUUAUGCUACGGGUUCUUUGUUGCAGUUUGUGACUGGCCAUGGGGAUAAGCCUCUACCAGGGACCCACCCAGGGCUGUGCUGAGGAGAGCAAAUGCUUCCUGUCUCCAUUUGUGCACAGAGUGGCCAUGCAGCCUCUUCUUGGCAGCAGUCCCGGCUCUCCUGUGGCUGUUCCUUCCUGCCCUGCUGCAGUGGUGUGUUUGGGAAUAAUGUGUUGUUUCCAUCUUUGCCUUGAAAAUCCAUCCUGGGCUGUGUCCUGACUGCUCUCUGUGCGGGCAGAGCUGUGGGAGCUGUGAUGGUGAGUGGCUGCAGGGACCAGGUGCCCUGGGAAGAGUCUGAUCUCAUCCCGAGUGGCUCCUCAGGAAGUGAGGGAGUGAAAUAAUUUGCACUUCUCUUCUGAGUCUCUAUUUCAUAUGAAUUCACCUGUCAGAGCAGCCUCUGCAUGUUACAGUCCCAGGAAAGCAGUUGGUCUCUGGGACAGGCUGGACAGGCCUGUUUGCCUGGGGCUCUGGGGCUGGUUCCUUCACUGAAAUUCCGUUUAUCUUCUUUCAGUGUUUCUGAGAUUUACCAUGGUGCAAAACAGCCUCUAACGCAGUGACAGGGACUUGUCCUGAGUUGUUUUGGGGCAGUGUGUCCUUGGGGUUCUCUUGAGGGUGCUGCCCCCCUGGUCAGGCACUCCUGGGUACAGGGUUUGGGUCGUGCCUUGGCAUCCCAUGGGUCACAUGCAGUGUCACAGCCCUGUGGGCUCUGCUGGUCUGCCUGCUGCUCUCAGGGUCCUGUACAGAAUCUGUAAUCCACAUUUAAUGGUUUAAUUCCCUUUGAGUGAAGGGACAGUGUGAGCCCACCUCGGCCAUCCCCUCAGGCUGCCACGCUGCCUCUCCUCUCGUUUUUCCCACAGGCCUCUGGCUGUACCUGGCUGGGAGUGACCUGCCCUGCCUGACCCUGAUUGGCUCUCCAAAUUUUGGAUAUCGAUCAGUUCAUCGUGAUUUGGAAGCCCAGGUUGCGAUAGUGACAGAAAAUAAAGCCU